GGGUCGCGGAGCUUGGCCGAUGUAGACGUCGGCAGUAGCCCGAGAGAUUGGUUGCCUGCAGCAACGGCAGCACGGCAGAGCGGUGCAAACACGAGGACGUAUCCGAUGAUACCGCAGAGCUGACAGUCAGCGCUUCUGCGACGAUAAGAAGCGGCGUCGGGGCGAAUGACGACGCAAACCGCCGCGAGGCGAUAACGAGUGCUUCCUGCGGCCGUCCGCACCCAGUGCUCCAGUCGCGGCGGCCAUGGCAGCUCGGCCGCCGACGCUGCACCAGCUUGUGGCGUUGUUGCUGGCGAUGACGCUACUGCUGCCGCCUCUGUCCACAACAGCGAAAGCAGCUGCUGCUCAGCCUGCCGAACUCCGGUGCAUCCCUCCGGGGGCAGCAACGGUGGCCGUCCCCGGAUGCUCCUGGCGACAACACUCGCCCCAUGUGGAGUGCUCAAAGUUCCCACCUGACGCGCCCGCUCCCGGUCGCGCCAAACUGAGCCUAGAUGUUGGAGGCGGCAACUCUAUCGACCCGAGGUCAGCCUUCUGCGUCACACUGACACGCUUCCAGAGAAACAGCUGCGACACCUGCUUCGAGAGCCUGGAAUUCCGGAACUUCACCGUGGGUUGGGCUGUAAUUGGCCCCCAGUGCAAGGAAAGGGACUGCCUGAUUGAAGUGUACAUCCUGGAGAGUGUUGCAGCCCUGAGUCCUCUAAAGUACAACAGUACUUCGACGGAGUUUUGGAAUUUCACAAGCCCAGUGUUCAGAGAACAUGAAAAUUUUUUUAGCACUUUAGCUUUCAAUGGCAUUACCAUGAGGUAUACACGCUGUUCCAUAUCUUUAACGAACAUCUACAAUUUGGGAAAGACGAGCAUCGAAAAAUUGGUGCUCUACAACAAUGACAAUAUCAGCACAGAUCUGAAACUGGGAAUGAUGCCAAAGUUGAAGCAGCUCACAAUCGCAAAUAGCUCCAUUCUAGACUUCCCAGAGGAUGCGCACGUCCUGAUGCCGGCGCUGGAAAGACUGGACCUGAGAGACAACCAUCUGACAUCGAUACCGGCGGCCAUUGCGAGCAUGCGGAAGCUGGAGGAGCUGAACAUGUGCGGGGCGAGGCUGCGCCGACUGGCGGGGCAGCUGCCGCCGCUGCCGCGCUUGAGGGAGCUCGGCCUGCGCAACACUGGCCUGUGCUGCCUGCACCAGGAGCAGGACGCCUUCCGGGGGGUCCCCAACCUCGAGCUGCUCGACAUCUCGCAGAACCAGCUGACCUCACUGGGAGGGGCACUGCGUGGACUCAGCCAGCUGCAGUACCUCGACGUCUCUAGAAACCAGCUGACCGAAUAUCCGCAGCUGUGGAUACAGGACUGCAGGGACGGACUUCUCAGCUUUGCGUUCAAUCACCUGCGAACGCUACCAGACUGCAACAGUUUCUGCCAGAGCAGUAAAGUGCUGCUCCUUGACGUCGAAAACAAUCAAAUUUCUUCCUGGGAUGGCAGUCCUGACAUGCUGAGCAGCAACGACCGCCCCUGGGUGGUGGGCACGCUGGUGCCAUUGCUGGAGAACGGACCACAGCGCUACCGCGUCUGCCUUCACGAGCGCGACUUCCAGUUGGGCACCGUCAUCGUGCAGAAUAUCUCCAAGUCCAUGGAUCACAGCCGGCACACCAUCGUUGUCCUCUCAAAGAGCUUCCUCUCCAGCAGGUGGUGCCUGUGGGAGAUGGAUUUGGCGAACCACCGUACGCUGGACCCGUCGCAGCGCGAGUUCAUCAUCCUGCUGGAGCUGGAACCGCUGGAACGUUCGGCGCUGCCGCGGCACCUGCGGUUCCUCAUGGAUACCCGCACUUACGUGGAGUGGCACCAGGCGGGCGACGUCCAGUACGAGGAGCAGGCGUACCGCAGACUCAAGAGGGCGCUGGGGGCCAGCUGCUUCACCUGCUCUGACGUCAGCCGCUGCUGACAGCAUUUGUGUCAGCAGUCACCUCACUGCCAGAGCCAUCUGGACGGCAGCGGUUAGCGCAUUCCACCCAGAAUCUAUCCGGAAGGGAUUAUCUGCCGAUGAACAAAGCCUUUGGGCCACGCACCUGCUCUCCCAUCAACGUAACUACUGAAAAUCCAUUACCUUUGUACCCUUUGAUGUCAAGAAAGCCUACGACCAUGUAUAGUAUUCUGGUCUCACUUUCAAGCUCCAAAUAUUUCCACUUCCAGUUUCCUAUAUCUGCCUUAUUGCGUUACCUCUGUUAUGACCAACAACUAUUCUUCCUUCUGUCCCUUCACCUCAUGCCUAAGGGCUCCAUCCUCUUCCUACUCCUACAACUCAUGCACACUACGCGUAUACAGGGUGAACCAGAACUUCAUUGUUACUGUUCGUGGAUACCUUUUCACUAUUUUGGUAGAAGGGGUCCAGGGUCUCUGACGGCUCGUUAAAGCUAUUGCAUUUCGUUCGGUUUCUUGCCCAAAUAGGUUUGUAUCUAAAAUAGUGCACAACAGUGCAAUGUCGAAGAUAUGCACUGUGUGUGUAUCUUAUUUCUACCUGAUUUUGACAACCGUGAUGCCCUUUUUAACUCGGCUUGCAUUCAGUACUGUUGGGUUCCGUCUAAGGUUUUAUUUUCCAACAGCGUUAACAAUGAAAAACAGCAGUACUGUGAAUAGGUUUGCUGAUGAAGCAUUGGCCGACGGGCACCUCGUGUAUAGGUUCACUGAAUGCAAUGGAAGAGCGACACAACGACGCAGUGGUGGGCUGUUCCCGCAGCGACGGCAAACCACAUCACAGUACUGUUUCAUCUCUCUGAGGAUUGAUGCAUACCUCUGUGUUGUGUGUUGCAGUUGUGUUUAUUGCUUCGCUGUGAAGGUAAUUUCACGGAAACAGGGGUGACUGCACUAACAAACCGAAUAAAUCACAAUCACUUCAUUACACUGUAAAGAGUCAUAUCCAUUCUACCGAUCGCCUAUUGCCAUAAUUCCUGUCUCAGUAACAUACUAAAUCUUCUCAGAGUAACCGUUAACACUAAAGUGACCUGAACCACCAAUCACUGAUCACGUAAAGAGGACCAACAAAAGAGUAAAACCAGUUACUGGAUGAAUAUUGGAAUUGAACUCUUCCACCAUACUCUACACGCAUACAACUCUAAUCCAUCCCAUCGUUUCUUUUGUCAGUGUAGCAUAAUUUUCUGCAGAUUCGAAAUUCUACAGAUACCUCCAUAUCACUGACUACCAAGUGCUCCACCUUCCCUUCCAGAUUAGUUUACCUUCUCCAACGUCUGUCCUUAACCAACUUAUCAGAUUUAUUUCUUCCCCACAUUGAACACUUCUGAAUACUCCACACCUCCGAUAAACUUAAUAAAUGUACAAUUCCCACAUCUUCCCCAACUCAACUUUGCAACCUUUCACCAACACAAACCAGGCAUCCUCUCUUUGUAAUGUGUCAAGCACCUUCUCCUCGCAGCCCACGAAAUGUAUACCUUUGUUCGUCCAUCCUACCAACUCUUGACCGUUUCUCCUCUUCCACAUCAUGACUUCUGUGACCUGUUUUCCGUCUGACUUCAAAACCUUCCACCUAAGAUCUACACGUAAAUCUCCCAAACUGGCUGCUGAGACACACUAGAAAUAUUCCUAUUGAUACCACUAAUCGCUAUUGUCUUCAUCUUCCGUAACCGACAAAACUAUGUCAAACUUUAUUGUAAACCACCAUGAAUCAUGACAUUAAAAUUAAAUCAUAAAACUUGUAA